AUGAUAAGCAAAAGGACUCAAAGCUCUCUUGGUGAAUCUUACAUGUCAAAAUGUGUUAAAUCAAAAAAUUUGCUCACCAAGAAGAACUUUGGUACUAGAGUUUGUUACAGAUGUGGUAAUUCCUCUCACAAGAUCAGUGAAUGUUCUUUUGAUAAAUCAUCCUCAAGAGCUGAAAAUAUUAAAGUUAGAAAUGAAAAAUGGACUCUUAAGUCAAACUCUUUAAACUGUCUUCCUAAGGAGUGUUAUAAUCUAUUAUCAAAUAACUUUGUGAAUGACCCAUCUUUGAAUGGGCAAUGUGUUGAAGAAUCCAUUCAUGUGAAGUUUGAUGAGGAAUCAUACACUGUUGAAAAAGUCACUCAUUUUCCUUCUAUCUUUCAAGAGCUUCUCUCUUGUCCAUUCGAGAAUCAAGAUAUUGCAGCCACAUCAGCAGGUAAUUCAUUAAGUGCUGAUGAAACCCUUGAAGCUGAAGAUUCUCCUGAAACUGAUAAUGUGUCAGUGUCUAUCUCUCCGGAAUCAGCAUCAGUCAUUGAACAUCGAGAUCAUCCUGUUGAUCGAAUUAUAGGGAAUAUUCAUGAUGGUGUCCGAACCAGAUCUAGUGCACUUAAUAACUUUUGCAUAAUUCUCAUAUACUCUCCAAUGGCGGCAUCUCUGUUCACAUACUCCUCAACCUCUCGAAGAGUCGUUCCUGCCCCAAACUCUCCUCCACUUCCAAUUCACAUCAAGGCAACCAAUGUCGUCUUCAACCCUGACAUUCCAGAGGUUCAUCGAGGUCUUGGACUCGAUGAUUUCGUCAAUUUCUUGGCUUCUUGCCGCCUCCGAUAUGCAAUCAGUGAUGUACCGUCCGAGUUCUUCCCUGAACAAGUAUACACUCUGUCUUCAUCACCAGAACUACUCAGUGUUGCUUUAAGGUUACCAAUUUUCGAACCCUUUUCUGAACCUCCAACUAUUGAAAGAUGCUGGAAGUUUUUCACUGGUGCUUUAUGCAAGUGUGUGGGUCACAAGUCUCGCAGUGGUGAUCAAUUGAGCAAUUAUGAGCAACAAGUCGUCUGCUCCCUUCUUCUCAACAAAAGAUUAGAUUAUGGGGCACUAUUCUUUGAUCAGCUUGUUCAGCUUCUACGUGCAAAUGUGCGUGCUGAUCAUGUUCCCUUUCCAAGCUAG